AUGUCACAAGAAGAAUAUUCACUUCAUGAUCGAUCACCAUCACCACUUGAAAACCUUAUAUCACCAAAUAUACAUGAUUUUCGAUUACCGACGCAAAAUGACAAUAGAUCAGUUACACCGCCUUCUCAAGAUCAUAUAUCCGAUAAUAAACAAUAUGAUUCCGAUACUCGUCUUAUUUUAAUGCCGAAUAAUCUUGAUCAAUCAUCAAAUAAUGCAACUUAUGAAAUACAACUUCGACCACCAUCAUCAUUACUAGAAAAUAAUUCUCACGUUCAAAAAAACAAUAUUGAAGAAGAAUCCAUGAUUUUAUCAACAUUAAGUGAUAACAACCAAUUUUCAUCAGACAUAUUAUCUCUACCACAACCAAUGGAGACUAAUAUUGAAGAUAAUAUUCAUAAACUUCGCCUUCGUUUAAUUGAUUCCGAUUUUAAGCAACAACAUCAUAAUAGUAGAAAUGAAUCCAUUAAUCGAUCACCACAAAGAAAGUUAGAAAAUAAUCUUCAAAAUUCGUUGGAUGUUGAACAGAAUCUCGAGAGUCAACGAAUACCAGAAACAUUCGGUAAACAUUAUCGACCAAUUCAACGUCUCUCAAUAUCAAACAAUCCUUAUGACUCGCGCAUAUUUUUAGAACCUUUAAAUGAGGAACAAUUAUUAUAUACAUCAUCAAAUAUGGAUGAUUUAAUUGAUUCAAUGGCCAGACGUCAUUUGGCUUUUCGUCGAUUUAAUUCAAAUUUCGAUAAGAUACGACGAAGUAAUGGACAUUUUACUCCAUCAGCUGAACCAAAUCUGAGUAGACAAUUAUCAUUUCGAAAUCGACAAGGAACCGAUAAUAUGAUGUAUACACAUAGAUCAUCUAGAAAUCAAACCGAUCGUGGUGAUUAUAUGCGUAAAAAUUCAAAUGCCCAUGAUCAAAUGUCUCGAUUGCGAAACGGUCAUGAUGAUGAUGAUUUGAAUGAUAUGGGUUAUAAUGGUUCUACUCAUAGAAAUUCUCAUGUAAGGUUACCUCCGAUUUUAUCGGCAUAUGAUUCCAGCCGUUAUGAAUAUUCACAAAACUCAUCAGCUAACUAUGGUUCUCAGAAUCAAGAAUCAACAUUACCAUUUAUUUCAUCGGAACAUUUAGCUAAAUUACCAAGUGAUAUUUAUCGUACAACAAGAACAGAACAUUGGAAUCCUCCGAGGUCAUCAAGAAAACUUAAAAAACAAAAAUCUAUUUCAAAGAAAAAGGUGGCACAACCGGAAACAGAUCAAUCUGAAAUUGAAAGUGAUGUGUCUGCGCAUGAAUAUCAGAAAAAGAAUUUCCAUAAUGAUGAUCAUGGAUUUUUUACAGUACCAAAUAUACAACAAAAACAGAAAAGAAAACCUCGACGAAAUUUAUUUCAUAAAGUUUCUACCGGGAUUUUAUUCUUUAUACUUAUUAAACAUCAAGCUAUUAGAAAUCGUAGACGUCGACCUAUUCAAUCACCAAAUGCAACAAUACAUAAAAUUCGUCUUCAAGAAUUACUCGUUGCUUUACAUCGUGUUUAUCUUGAACCGGAAGGUCCAAUAUUUAAUGCACUUAUGCAAGCAGUAACUGAUCCAAUUUCAUUACAACAUGGAUUAAAUCGAUCGUCGAAAUAUUAUCCAGAAGCUAUUCAUAAUAUUGGAAAUGCGAUUAAAAAUAUUAUUUCAAAAAUUAUUCAAUUUAUGCCUCAAGAUGGUGUUCUUGGAACGACAAAAAAAUCUGCUAUAUCUAGUUUUCUACAAGAUGGAAAUUCAUAUCCUGAAAGAUAUUUUUGGCAAUGUGAACGUGAAUAUCUUGAUUUUGAUAAUUCCAAACUUAUUAAUAUAACGAAACAACGAGCAAUACUUUUACUAAUUGGUUUAUUUAUAUUUCGAGCACUUAUAACAACAUUACUCAUUAAACCAAUUAAAUAUCGAUUAAUUCUUGGUCAAUUAACAGAAAAUCAAUCGAUUAGUUUAAAAGUAUUAUCAUCUGUUCUAUUCUAUCUUGGUAGACGAACAGUUCGACCUAAAUCUCAAAUUCUUACUUUACCGCAUGAAUGGAAACUUUCAUUAUAUACAGAUAGAGAUAUUGAACCAAUUAUUGAACAUUCGGAAAUAAAAUCAAUCCUUAGUACAUGUGAACAAUCAUUACGAAUGUGGUGCGAAGAAUAUAUUCGUCGAAUUGAUAAAAGUUUUGGUAAAGAAUUAAGAAUAUAA